CCGACUCAAUGCUGGAGCCGGAGCCCAGCGCUCCAGCGUGGGGACGACCUGAGGGGAUGCGGCUCCCGCAAAGGCAGCCCGCCCCCUCCGCUUGUGCCUGCCAGUCACUGAGCAAGCCCGAGCUGGGGGCGAACGGAUUGAGGCGGGCGAAUUGGGGAAUGGGUCUCUCAAUGCGUCAGCAACGCGGACGACGCUAGGUUGGGGGCUCACCCCCCAGCUCCUGCUCGGGGGUCCGAUCCAGCACCAAGGACAGCGCCAAGCUCUCUGCGCCCAUCCCUCCCUGCGCCUCCACACCGCCCCGGCGCAGGCGACUUUCCAAGCUUGCUGGUAGCCGCUCCGGGAUUGGAGCCCAUCAUCCGCCAACAGCACCAGGGACAGCGCUCUUCGGCCGGUUCCCGGGGGAAAUCAGCCCCUCGGCGAGCCCCAGCUUCCGUCCGCGGGCCCAGCGCAGACCCACCGCCCCGGCACAACAUGGCAACCGAGCGUUCCAAAGCAAGAUGACACCAAGGUUUCCAUCCACUGCAGUCCACAAUCUCCAAGAACUACGGCGGAGUGCCUCACUGGCCACCAAAGUCUUUGUACAGCGGGACUACAGUGAUGGGACUAUAUGUCAGUUCCAGACCAAAUUUCCCCCUGAGCUGGACAGCCGGAUUGAGCGGCAACUUUUUGAAGAAACGGUGAAGACCCUCAACAACUUCUAUACAGAAGCUGAGAAAAUUGGGGGCAGUUCCUACCUGGAGGGAUGCCUGGCCUGUGCCACAGCCUACUUCAUCUUCCUCUGCAUGGAGACCCGCUAUGAGAAGGUUCUAAAGAAGAUCUCCAAGUACAUCCAGGAGCAGAAUGAGAAAAUCUAUGCUCCACGAGGGCUGCUGUUGACAGACCCAGUGGAACGAGGCAUGCGGGUUAUUGAGAUCUCCAUCUAUGAGGACCGUUGCAGCAGCUCCAGCUCAGGCAGCUCCAGCAGCAGCAGCAGCAGUGCUGGGGGUGGGGGUGGGGGCACAGGGGGCCGGUGACUGGCAGAGAGUCCUGGCAGGGAUUUGUACUGCCGGGACGAUAGUGUCUCCGAGAUCCGCAGGCUGCGUUAUCAGAGCACCCGCUUCUGAGCUCCCCCAGGGGGGUCGGGAUGCCAGCAAAAAGUGUUGUGACACCCCUGGGGUUUGUGACAACCAGCAAGGGCAAAGUCAUCUAUCGGGGAUGAUUCAGCUCUGCCUGAGUGGAGCUCGCACCCACAUAAGCCCACUUUCUGUGCCUAGGAUCUUCACACCCUGGGGUGGGGACGCUUCCUAAGGGCUUCUGGGAAGACUGCUCCCCAUCCUUGUGUCACCUGUUGCUGCCCAGAUUUGUCAUUGUCUAAGUUCUGUUCAACUAAGCCUUGGGCACAUUGUUCUGACUAACUUUGUCCUCUUGCUAAAGGUUGAAUAAUCAGCAAAGAUCAAUCCAGCAUGGUGAGUUGGGAUGGGAAGUAGAUAGGGCUGGUGUCUGGGACCCCCUAGCAGUCCUUUUUCUGAGCAUCAGCAGUCAGUUCCCUCAUGAGUUUGCACUGGCAGCAUCCUGGCUCUUGUCUGUGCUUGAUGCUCUGCAUGUCUUUCUCCUGGCACUUCAGGUAUGUCAUACGUUUAAAGCCCUCAAGACCCAGAGUUCUAUAAUUCUGCUACUGCAGUUGCCUACAUUAUCCCCUACACUGGUCCUGUAGAGUGCAGAUACCUGUGUUGGCAACAGCAUGCCCUCUCAUAAGUGCCAGGUUAGCACCUGUUCCCAAAUAUUAAGGAACAUGUCCUGUGUUCUGCAUCUGUCCAGGCACUAGAUAGGUAUGGUUGAAUAAAUGAGACCAGAGGAAAGUGGGAGGUUCCAUUGGGCCCCUCCUGUGGAGCAGCAUCACAGAUACAGAUAAGGGCUGUAAAUGCCUCUGAAUUUGGGAGACUGCACUAUAUCAGCUCUGCAAACUCCAGUGGGUUCCAGCGAAUUCUGCCAUCCUGGAAGCUACUGGAAGAUGCUGGCAAUGCUUUUGGGCAGGGAGGUUCUUGUCAGUACUAGCCCAGCCCACUGAGCAUCUUUUAACUAUGUGUGUAAAUACUGAAUUUUCUCCUAGUUGACAAUGCAGUAUUACCACAGUCCUGUUUGUUCUGGCAUAACUGACAAAGAAAAAGGAGGGUGAAUCUCCAAGGUGGGCAUAGUUAUAUCUAACCUAUGGCACUUGACACCCCUGUCCCCCAUCCACACUAGUAUUCAACAACAUCAUUAUAUCCCUUUGCAUGCACAGGUUGUUUUCUUGUUGCAUGUUCCCUCCCUCUCCCUAUGUAAAUAGCUCAUUGGGCCCUACUUGUGUUUGAGUCCCUGUCAAUGGUGGGGUAUAGUACAACUUCUCUGAGUCCCCAUGUACCACUCUGUGAAUUAAGAUGGUAAAACAGGGACAGAGGACUGUACCAGAUUACUUGAAGAACAUAUAUCCAAAGAGUGAACAAAGUCCAUCUCUUCCAGCUCCUUAGAUGCUUCCAACUUUUCACCACAAACCUCACAUAUGGGCAGAUGUACUUGCUGAGACUGCCCUAAACCAUUCAUCUCUAAACCUUGUAGAAUGGUGGAGGAAGAUUUCAUUCUGUGAUGUCCCACCAGGAUAACAUGGCAAAGUAACUGAAUGCUUGGCCUGGGCAAACUCAGCUCGUUCAUUAAUGAUCCAAACAACUAGAUCUCAGAAUGGAACCUCAUUUGAGUUGGCAGGGAUUUGGACAGUGAAUAGACCGUGUGGAGGGAGCUGUAGGGAGGAAGGCAGAUAGAUAGAGGUUUGGCCAAUGUGAACCUGAGUAAGCAUUCCUCUGUGCAGAGAUGCCUUGAGCAGCCACUCACCAUGCCAUAUGUUGGACUUCAUACAUGCCAUUUGGAUUUGGUCUUGGCUGUAUACCUCUAUCUCCAUAUGAAAACUCCUGAUUAAUAAAUGGCAAAUGAGAGUCUA